AUGACUUUCGAUUUUUUAGGAGAUAUUCAAAAUAUGAAUAUUCCGCAAGAGGCGUGGCCCCUUAUAGGAAUGGUUGCUUUGCUGGUAGUAUUUGUUUUACUUAUUUUAAUGAUUUUAACUUUGUGGCUUUGGGG